AUGCUGACGGAAGAGCCAAAGAAGAUAUAUGAUGAGGUCAUAGACUCUAUUUUCAAAGAUAAAGGUGGGGUAUUUUUCUUAUAUGGUUUCGGUGGAACUGGUAAAACAUUCCUUUGGAAAGUUUUAUCUGCAGCUGUAAGGAUCAGGGGAGAAAUAGUGUUGAACACUGCAUCUAGCGGUAUAGCCUCUCUUUUGUUAGAAGGUGGCAGAACAGCUCAUUCAAGGUUUGGCAUUCCUCUAGAAGUUCAUGAAACGUCAAUGUGCAGAAUGUCAAGGUCUUCUGAUCUAGGUGAAUUAGUCCAAGAAGCGAAGUUGAUAAUUUGGGACGAAGCUCCAAUGAUGAGUAAAUACUGCUUUGAGACUUUGGAUAGAAGUUUGAAAGAUAUAAUGCGUGAUCCAGAAGAUAAACCUUUUGGGGCCAGGGAGAUUGAAGAGUUCUCGAAAUGGAUUCUUGAUGUUGGAGAAGGAAGACUUAAUGAGCCAUAUGAUGGAGUUGUUGAUAUUGACAUACCAGAAGAAUUGCUUAUCAAAGAAGUAGACUCUCCAAUUGAAGCGAUCAUUAAUGCAGUAUAUGGUAAUUCGUUACAUACAGCCAAGGAUGCCAGCUAUUUUCAAAGCAGAGCUAUUUUGUGUCCUACGAAUGAUGAUGUCAACACUAUAAAUGACCACAUGAUCUCCAUAUUAGAAGGUGAAGAAAAGGUUUACUUAAGUUCAGAUAGUAUUGAUCCUGCAGAUAAAAGGAAUAAAGACAAUCCUGCAUAUAGCCCGGAUUUCCUAAACUCAGUUAGGAUUUCAGGAGUACCAAACCAUGCUCUUCGGUUGAAAAUUGGUUGUCCAGUAAUGUUGUUACGCAAUAUUGAUCCUUAUGGCGGUCUAAUGAAUGGAACAAGACUACAAAUUACACAAAUGGUUGAUCAUGUUAUACAAGCAAGAAUCAUAACGGGUACGCGAGUUAGUAAAAUUGUUUUUCUACCAAGAAUGGUAUUAAUCCCAUCAGAUACCCGUCUGCCUUUCAAGAUGAGACGUAGACAAUUUCCCAUAAACGUUGCUUUUGCAAUGACUAUCAACAAAAGUCAAGGUCAGUCUCUCUCAAAUGUUGGUUUAUACUUGCCUAGACCUGUUUUCUCUCAUGGCCAGCUAUAUGUAGCUAUGUCCCGUGUAAGCAGUAAAUCAGGAUUGAAAAUUCUCAUUACUGACCCAAAAAGAAAACCUCAAACAAAAACAAGGAAUGUCGUCUUCAAAGAGGUUUUCCAAAACAUUUGA